AUGGAUCCAUCAGAUAUUCUUUAUCAAAAUAUUUGUUUAUCAAUGGAAAGUGAACAGGAAUAUUUUUUUAGUAUUUUCCCUCUUAAUUUUAAACAAUUUUCUUCUCCGUCAAAUGAACAAAUUAAUUAUGCAGUUAUUUGUCAAAAUAUUAAAAAUAUAUCAAAAGGAACUACUGGAUUGUGUUGCUGGCAGGCCUCUUUUGCUUUAGCUGAUUUUUUAUUUUUAUCAUUUUCUACCAAUUUAUUGCCAUAUCUCUCCAAUGCAAAAUAUAUUUUAGAAUUGGGUGCUGGCUGUGGACUUGUCGGAAUUUUACUUGCAAAACAAUUUUAUUUAAAUAAAAAUAAGGAAAUUAAAUUAAUUUUGAGUGAUUCUGAUUAUUUUGUUUUGGAAUUGUUAAAUAAAAAUAUUAAAUUAAAUUUUGCUGAUAGUGAAGAUAAUUUAAUUAUUGAAUCGAAAUAUUUGGAUUGGACUAAUUUUAUUCCCAGUGAUUUGCCUCCCGCUGAUGUUAUUGUUGCUUCAGAUAUUAUUUAUGAUCCAGAACUUUUCCCUUCAUUAAUUAAUUUAUUAAAAUGUUUACUUUCAAAUAACCAAAGCUUUUUCAAUUCUCCAAUUGCCAUUAUUGCUUGCACUAUUCGAAAUCCAGAAACUUUAAAUUUAUUUUUGGAAUUAAUUGCCUCUAAAGGAAUUAAAAUAAUUCAAAGUUGGGAACUUCGUGGAGAAUAUUUAAACGAAUUAUUUGCUUCAAAGCAAGAAGAAGAAGACGAAUUAAUUUCAAAAUUAAAUUCUUUUUUUAAUUUAAAAGAUUUUUCUAAAACAAAUUUUGAGCCUUUAUUUUCACCAAAUUUGCCUUUAAAUUAUGGAUAUUCUUUGACAAAUAAUUUAGAAAAAAUUGUUAUUUUUGAAUUUUGUUUAAAGUAAAAAUAUAAAUUUUCGAUUAUUUAAAUGGUUUGAAGGGUGGAUUUUUAGAAUUUUAUUUUUUGGUUAUGGAAUAGAGUAAUAUUAUUUUUGGAUUAUUCGAAUAUUUUGAGAAGAGGGAGGGAGGGUGUUGAUUAUAGAAAAAUAUUAUUUUUUGAUUCAUUUUUAUUAUGGUUACCGGCCAGGUCCGGCCCGAAAAGCGACUCGAACGUCGGCCCGAUUCGAAAACGGCAACCCUAAUUUUUAUAUAGUUAAAUUUCUUCCUUAUUUAAUUCUUUAACAAUUUUUAAGAUUUACUUUAAAAUUAUUUUUUAAUUUUUUGAUUGAAUUUUGUUAGGUUAUCCAAAUUUUUGUGAAAUUUCUUUUUAACUUUUCUAAUUUUAGUUUUUGUAUUUUAACUUCACUUCCCCCCUCCUCCUCCAUCCUCCUAACUUCACUUUCCUCCUUAAAUCUCUUAAAAUUAUU